UUUGCGGCGCGUGAUAGAUGAAAUAUAUUUUACUUCACUGUAUCCCCGACUAUUAUUCAGCUCCCUGCCGCUUUUGUAAGCAUCUCCAGCCGCUCGCAGCUUGAUCAGGACUCGCUUGAACCCCCUCGCCCUCAACGAUGGCUUCACCCGACCUUGCGCUCUUGAGUGUAUCUGACAAAACUGGACUGGUGGAGUUCGCCAAGCGGCUGGUGGAUGCGGGUCUGUCGCUGGUGGCCUCAGGUGGAACCGCUAAAGCCCUGAGGGAUGCAGCUCUGCCAGUCAGAGAUGUGUCGGAGCUGACCGGACACCCCGAGAUGUUGGGGGGAAGAGUCAAGACCCUGCACCCGGCUGUGCAUGGAGGCAUCCUGGCCAGAAAGACUCCCGCUGACUCCGCAGACAUGGAGCAGUUGGGCUACAGCCUGGUCAGAGUGGUUGUGUGCAACUUGUACCCCUUUGUGAAGACCGUCUCCAACCCUAAUGUGUCUGUGGAAGACGCUGUGGAGCAGAUUGAUAUCGGUGGUGUAACACUUCUGAGGGCUGCUGCCAAAAACCACGCUCGGGUGACCAUUGUGUGUGACCCCACUGACUACUUGCUGGUUGCCAAGGAGAUGGAGAGCUCAGCAGAGAAGGACACCACACUGGAAACCCGCAGGACACUGGCACUCAAAGCCUUCACACACACGGCACAGUACGACGACGCAAUCUCAGAUUAUUUUCGGGGGCAGUACAGCCGCGGUGUUUCUCAGCUGCCCCUGCGCUAUGGCAUGAAUCCCCACCAGGCCCCCGCCCAGCUCUACACCCUCCGUCCGAAACUUCCACUCACAGUGGUCAAUGGUUCUCCUGGUUUCAUCAACUUGUGUGAUGCGCUGAACGCCUGGCAGCUGGUCAGGGAGCUGAGGGCUGCCCUGGCUCUGCCCGCAGCUGCCUCCUUCAAACACGUCAGCCCCGCUGGAGCGGCAGUGGGCGUUCCCCUGACGGAGGAGGAGGCGCGCGUCUGCAUGGUGCACGACAUGCUGGAGACCCUCAGCCCACUGGCCACAGCCUACGCCCGAGCUCGCGGCUCAGACAGGAUGUCCUCAUUCGGCGACUUCAUAGCCGUUUCGGACGUGUGCGACGUUCCUACCGCCAAAAUCAUCUCACGAGAGGUCUCUGACGGCAUCGUCGCUCCCGGCUACGAAGAGGAGGCACUCAAGAUCCUUGCCAAGAAGAAAGGCGGCAACUACUGUGUUCUCCAGAUGGAUCCAGAUUACGAGCCCGAUGAGGCGGAAGUGAGGGUCCUGUUUGGACUUCACCUCAAGCAGAGAAGGAACGGAGCUCAGAUCGACAAGGAGUUCUUCACCAACAUUGUCUCCAAGGGCACUCUGUCGGAGGAAGCUGUCCGGGACCUGACUGUGGCCACCAUCGCGGUCAAGUACACCCAGUCCAACUCUGUCUGCUAUGCCAAAGACGGACAGGUGAUCGGUAUCGGAGCCGGACAGCAGUCUCGCAUCCACUGCACCCGACUGGCCGGCGACAAAGCCGACAACUGGUGGCUGCGCCAUCAUCCUCGCGUUCUGACCAUGAAGUUCCGCAGCGGAGUGAAGCGGGCCGAGAUGGCCAACGCCAUCGACCAAUAUGUGAGCGGCACCAUCGGAGAGGGCCCAGACCUGGAAGUGUGGAGGUCCAUGUACGAGGAGGUCCCGGAGCCUCUGUCAGACACCGACAAGAAGAGCUGGAUCAGUUCUCUGAAGGCUGUGGCCCUCAGCUCCGACGCCUUCUUCCCCUUUAGAGACAACAUUGACCGAGCCAGACGGAGCGGCGUCCAGUUCAUCGCUGCCCCUGCGGGUUCUGCUGCCGACGAGGUGGUCAUCAACGCCUGCAAUGAGCUGGGCAUCACCCUGGUGCACACCAACCGCCGACUCUUCCACCACUGAGCACACCAGCCAGCCAAGUUUGGAUUCAGCCAGUCCACUGUCCUGCUCGGGCCCACGGAACAUUCCAGUCUGUUACUGCUGUAGGUCAAUCACGUUUGAGUGAGAAAUAAACUCCGCAAACCUCAU